AUGGACUUAGCUGUCAAGUUUGAAGUAACCCACUUUGUAGAGGACGCUAGUGAGCGCAAGGUUCGUCACGAGAAGACGAAGACCUUUAAUGAACAAGCCCAAGACAACAAGAAAACGUCUAAGGGAAAACCCUUCCGAGGAAAGGGACGAUUCAAACCGAGCUCGAAUUCGAAGAGCAAGGAGACUCGUACCUGCCACUUCUGCAACAAGCCUGGCCACAUCAAGGCCAACUGCUUUGCGUGGAAGAAGGAGCAAGGGAAGCAGGGAAACGAGAAGUCACGUCUGUGA